GAUUGGCAAGUUACUGGUAUUUGGUAUCACAAGAAACAUUGUGGAAUUAAUAAAGUUCAAAACUUUAUGAAGGAUAUUGGAAAUAAAGUUAAGAUAAAACUUCCCAACAGAAUUCUAACUAAUCACGCUGGAAAAAAAACCACAGCCCAAAUUCUUCAAGAUGCAGAUAUUCCUGAAGAUGCAAUUAUGAAAAUUACUGGUCAUAAAAGCUCCCAAGGUGUACAUGCAUAUAAAAAUAUUAAUGAGCAACAGCACAUUAACACAAUGAGAACUUUAAUCAACACAAUUGAACCAUUAACUGACUCAAAAAAUAUUAUGAACCAAGACCCUUCUGUUAUACUUGCCGAAUCUACCAGUUCUUAUAUAAAUGUUAACUCAUUUUCUGCGCAAGGUACAACACCAAUUGGUCAGGGCCAAAUCGCUAGUGAUUUUCAAAAUCAACGUUCAAUUUUUAAUAAUUACCACUUUUCUAAUAUUACAUUCAAUUUAUAA